UCAAAGGUCGACUUCCUCCCAAAGUGACGUUCACAAUGGCCGCCGUGUUGUUUUCAGCGUUUGUGGUUUGAGAAGAACCAGGAGGCUCCGCUGACUUCUUUGCCUGGUUUUCUUGGGUCCAUUUCCUGUCCGGGCCCGCUCCGCCGUGUCUUUCAGCGCGUCAUCUUGUCCUUCUUUUUGGUCGUCGUCGUUGCUGGUGGCCGCCAUGAACGUGACGCUGGCGGUGAAGCAGUACAUCUCCAAGAUGAUCGAGAGCAGUGGGGCCGGGAUGAAGGUGCUGCUCAUGGACAAGGAGACGACGAGUAUUGUGAGCGUGGUCUACACGCAGUCAGAGAUCCUGCAGAAGGAGGUCUACCUCUUUGAACGCAUCGACUCGCACAGCAGAGAAAGCAUGAAGCACUUGAAGGCCAUCUGCUUCCUGAGACCUACCAAGGAGAACGUGGAGCAUCUGAUCCAGGAGCUGAGAAGACCAAAAUACAGCGUCUACUUCAUCUACUUCAGCAACGUGAUCAGUAAAAGUGAAAUCAAAGCGUUAGCAGAGGCUGACGAACAAGAAGUGGUCGCCGAAGUACAGGAGUUUUAUGGCGAUUUCAUUGCCAUCAAUCCUCACGUGUUCUCCCUCAACCUGCAAGGUGUGGCCAAGGGGCGUAGCUGGGAGCCGUCCAUGUUGUGGCGCUGCACGCAGGGCCUGACGUCCGUCCUGCUGGCCUUGAAGAAGUGUCCCAUGAUCCGCUACCAGCUGUCCUCCGACAUGUCCAAGCGGCUGGCGGAGAGCGUCAAGCAAAUAAUCACCAAGGAGUACGAGCUGUUCGACUUCAGGAAGACGGAAGUUCCGCCCCUGCUGCUCAUCCUGGACCGUAGCGAUGACGCCAUCACACCUCUGCUCAACCAGUGGACGUACCAGGCCAUGGUGCACGAGCUGCUGGGCCUCAACAACAACCGCAUCGACUUGUCCAGGGUACCCGGGAUCAGCAAAGACCUGCGCGAGGUGGUCCUGUCCGCCGAGAACGACGAGUUCUACGCCAACAACUUGUACUUGAACUUCGGUGAGAUCGGCACCAAUAUCAAGAACCUGAUGGAGGACUUCCAGAAGAAGAGACCCAAAGGCCAACAGAAGUUGGAGUCCAUCUCAGAUAUGAAGGCCUUCGUGGACAACUACCCCCAGUUCAAAAAGAUGUCGGGCACCGUGUCCAAGCACGUGACUGUGGUGGGCGAGCUGUCCCGCCUGGUGGCCGAGCGUCGGCUGAUGGAGGUGUCCGAGGUGGAGCAGGAACUGGCCUGCCAGAACGACCACAGCAGCGCGCAGCAGAACGUGCGUCGGCUGCUGCAGAACCCACGCGUGUCGGAGCUGGACGCAGUGCGCCUGGUGGCGCUCUACGCGCUGCGCUACGAGCGCCACAGCAGCAGCGUCCUGCCCGCGCUGCUGGAUGAGCUCGCCAGGAGGGGCGUGUCCGAGAGGCACCGCAAGAUGGUCCAGUGUGUGGUGGAGUACGGCGGCAAGAGGGUUCGAGGAAGUGACCUCAUCACACCGACAGACGCGGUGGCCAUCACCAAACAGUUCUUCAAAGGCCUCAAGGGCGUGGAGAACGUGUACGCUCAACAUCAGCCUCUUCUUCACGAUACGCUGGAUCAGCUGGUCAAAGGUCGCCUGAAGGACAGUCAGUUUCCAUAUCUGGGAGCGAGCACCCUCAGAGACAGGCCUCAGGACGUGGUGGUGUUUGUGAUCGGCGGAGCCACCUAUGAAGAAGCCCUGAGUGUCUACAACAUGAACCGCAACACUCCUGGCGUCCGCAUCGUGCUGGGAGGGAGCAGCAUGCUCAACACAAAGAGCUUCUUGGAGGAAGUGAUGUCAUCGACAAGUGGUGGUGAGCGGUCGCAGGGCGUCAGUCGCCACAGCAACAGACACUAAACACGCUUUGGACGCCGCGGCAACAUUCCUCCGUUCGUCGCGCGUGUCCCGUUUCCGACGUCCGCCUUCGCUUUGCCGUCGUGGAGCAGGAGGAAGUGUGAGGAAAGUCUGCGUGAAAUGUUCCUACACUGGAAAGCAGCAACACUUCUCAUCUAGUUUUGUCUUUGAAGUUUGUCUCUUUGUUCAACUGCUCGCAACAUGUAUGCCAAUCUUGUCCUUUAAACACCAAUAAAAGGAAAAAGUUGAAAUGCUGA